ACAAAAUACACAGUGGAGAGAGAGAGAGAGAGAGAGAGAGAAGCAGAGACAGAGAGAAUGGUAUCUAGGCAGCAAAAGAGAGUGGCACUACGCCGGAAGCUUCAAAUACUCCGGUCGCUCACCAGUUCCAAAUCUAUGAGGAAGAGCUCCAUUAUCAUCGACGCUUUUAACUACAUCAACCAUUUGAAGCUCAAAUUGGAGGCAAUCCACCAAGCAUAUGGAGACCUACUGAAGCAGAUUCGACUUCCCACGGAAGUGAAAGUGGAGAGGAUUGAGAAUGGGUUUCUAGUCAAUGUGACCUGCGAAAAGGGGCCGGAUUUGCUGGUUUCGAUCCUGGAGACCUUUGAGGAGACUGGUCUUAACGUUCUCCACGCUAGGGUCUCAUCCAACCAUUGCUUCUCUAUGGAAACCAUCGUAGAAGCUCAACAACAAACACUGGAUGCUCGUCAAGUGACUCAAGCUGUUUUGAAAGCAAUUGGAAAACAACGUGCGGAGGGAUUCGGGUAUACGGGUUUCGUGUAAGUAGUUAUCCAAAACAAGAAUUGCGGUUUUAACUUUAGUUAUCCAACGUUGUGCUCUCGUUAUAGAUUCCAUGUGUACAAGUUUCUCAGUGAUAUUAGCUGUAGAAAGUUUCAAUUUUCAAUUUAAAAAUGUAAAAGAAAGCCCAAUUUGACACGUGGCAUAUCUGGUAGCUGGUUGCCCUA